AUGUGUCAUCAAGCUAAAUUUGAAGUGAUUGACACAAAUAAAAUUCUUGGAAUUUGUGAAAUUCCAAACAACGCCCUUACAAAUAGUGCUGUAGCAGCAAAAGUUAUCCAUUUUUGUACAGUUGUUCCUAAGGUACCAGAUUAUCUUACUGUUAUUGAUAUUGCUGGUUUGGUUAAAGGUGCAUUUGCUGGUGCUGGUUUAGGAAACAACUUUCUUAAUUGUAUUAGGGCUGUAGAUGCAAUAUUUCAUGUUAAUAUAGGCAAUGGAACGGAGCCUAUAAUUGAAAACAAUUUAAUUUGGCUCUCCGUUGAAAUGAUUGUUCAUCCACAAAAUGGCAAAGAUCCCAUUGACCUGCUAAUAGAUACUGUUUAUCCUAAUCACAUUGAAAAUUCUAUGAACAUUACUUUUAUAAUGGAAAGAGCAAUACUAACCCCAUUAAACAAUGAUGUUGAUGAAAUCAAUGAGCGAAUUAUGGCCAAAUAUCCUGGAGAACAGUAUACAUAUUAUAGCUUUGAUUCAAUACCAGAAGACAAAACAAAUCUAUACCCAAUUGAAUAUCUUAAUUCCAAGGAGACCAUCAAGGUAAACGUGUAUUUAUCCCUUACAUCAACAGAAGAUACCGGAUUACCUUUUGUGCUAAAAAGAAAGCAAUUCCCCGUACAGCCAGCAUUUGCCUUGACUAUCAACAAAUCUCAAGGUCAAACGCUACCCUAUAUUGGCCUAUAUCUUCCACAGCCCAUUUUCUUUCAUGGACAAUUAUAUGUGGCAAUGUCAAGAGUAUGUAAAGCGUGUAAUCUCAAUGCAUUUGUAAAUAACGAAAUAGUACAGGGUAAGGUCAGAAAUUAUACAAAAAACAUUGUAUAUAAGGAGGCUUUAAGACUACAAUAG